AUGUCAAUCGAAGUUAACUGCUGUAUUUGCAAGAGACGUCAUCAUUCCUCGCUCCACUACCACAAACAAGACGAUGGACAAUCUACCUUGAAAACCCCUCAUUUCGAACCUCCGACUCCCUCUGUCAGCGUCAAUUUUACGCACGCUAGUCAGAAACCUAAAAGCCCGUAUUCAGAGGGUCCAAUAUCCGAAUUCCAAGUUAAACGCGUAUUGUUGAAAACUGCAGUUAUUCCGACAUCAUACAGAGAAAGAAAACUACAAGCAACCGUUUUAUUCGAUGAAGGCGCGGAUCGAUCCUUCAUAACGCGUGAAUUUGCAGCCAAAUUAAACGCCAGAGUGCAUGGUACCGAACUAUUGAUACUAAAGUCGUUCGACAAUCCCAAUUCGACUUUUCAAGACGUCAACAAAACCACCGUGAAUUUAAAUACGCGCUACAGAGAUACCGUUCCCCUGAAUGUGUUAUACGUCCGAGAAAUAUCCAACGGCCUUGCUAAUGACAUUCCAGCAGACGUUGCUAACCUACCACAUUUAGCAAAAUUACGCCUCGCACAACAAGUAUCAAACGCCACAUCUAUGAAUGUUGACAUUUUAAUUCUUGCAGAUCGCUACUGGGAUUUUAUUGGCAACAGAAUCAUUCGGGGUCCUGGACCUACUGCCAACGCCUGGACACUUCGAUCAACUCCUACUGGGAUUUAUAUAGAAACGGUAGGAAUAGGUGAUGUGAUAAACCAGCCCACGACGAAGCCUACCGCGAAUGAACAAUUUCAGCAAUAUUCUGAAAAUUGCCUACAAGAAGUAGAUGGAAAAUUCGUCGCUCAACUACCGUGGAAAACUAAUCAUGAGCCACUUCCAACAAACUACGAGAUGUCCAAGACGCGCACUCGAUGCAUAGUUGGACAGUUGCCAAGCAACGUGUUGGCCGCGUACGACAAGGUCAUUCAUGACCAGCUGAGUAAGAAUUAUAUUGAACCCGUACACGUGGAUGAUGUAAACAAAGGACAUUACUUACCACAUCGAGCAGUUAAACGCCCCGAAUCCGCGUCCUCUCCGAUACGCAUCGUUUAUGACUGUUCGGCAAAACUUGGAAACCAUUUCCCUUCGUUGAAUAACUGCCUGGAUACCGGCCCUCCGCUCCUUAAUGAUCUCACCGCCAUACUUCUGCGGUUUCAAACCCAGUCGCACUCGUCAGCGACAUUGAGAAGGCGUUCUUACAGAUCAGGCUCGCCAAAGAUGAUAAACAAUACAGCUGUUGAACUUACUCCUGACACAACGCAAUCUAUACGGCCACGAAGGCAAUCCUUUGUUGAAGCUCAACGUAAACCCACAACCCAUUAA